AUGUCUACCGAGCAUCAACUUCGUGUACAAUUCUUCUCGAUUUUCUUCAUAGUUGCUCUCAUUUACCAAGACACUGAAGGUAUGAACGACAGCUAAAUUGAUGUUUUUAUGUUAUUGAAGAACUGUUUUAUACAAACAUGCUUGUAAAAUUUUGAUUUAGUGAUGAAGGAGUGUAAGUUACAAGAAGGCUUUGAUUUCACGGGGGAUGAAGCAUUGUUCACAAGUAGUUACUUCUUAAUUAACACAGUAUCUUUAUGGUUAAAAAAUGUCGAAUAGUCGCACAGUGGUACUUAAUAGUUCGUUCUUAUUUCCACCACAGGACUCAGCUUCAAAGCAGGAAAAUUCAAUGUGACCACAACUUUGAGUCUGUUUGCCUGUAAGAAUGUUUCUUUUGAGGAGCCUUUUAUCGGUGGACAAGAAAUUAAAAUCUUUAUUUCUAAAAGCCAUGCAACAAAAAGUUCUAGUCGUGGAAAUGGCGCAGCAAUUUGGGUGGAAUCUGUGAAUAACAAGGCAUUUACUGUCUGUGUUUUGGAGUACGGAGAUGGCUCAAGUGGCGCUUUGCAAGUGAACUGGAUGGCGCUGCAAUCUGUACCUGCUGGCGCUCAACUAGGCACAGCUUCUUUAAACUCCUGGACCACGGGGACAAAGUGUAAAAGGAUCGCUUUUGAAAAGGUUUGAUUUACUUAAAUUUUUUUUUGCUAAAAUUUGUUUUAAUGGCAUAAAAAGUGAGUUUGUGUGUAAGUUUGAAGUGUGCUAUAAUUAAAUAUGUUUAUAUAUGUAUUUUUCUUACAAAGAAAGUAACGCGCAUUUUUCCCAGAAGUCGCUUAGCCUUAUGGUAUUUAUGACGUCUUAUCUUGCUACCAUAGCAACCUUCCAUCACCAAAUGUUAGCGGAAUGUUGCUAAGGAAUAAAAUGAGCAGUUACUUGAAAGGAAAGGUUUAGGCUCAAAAUCCGUUUUGAAAAUAUUGGCCAAAACCUGUGCGCCUCAACCACUUCAGUAGUUAAAUUUUAAGUUUUAAAUCUUCAAUCUCUUUCUUGUUCUUAAUUUCUUUUGAUAGAAAAGAACAAAUUAAGAACAAGAAGGAGAUUAGAAUGAAGAAAAAGAAAUAGAGGGGAAAAGAUGGGGCUUUAAACGACCAGAAAGAGUAAACUGAAGCCGCUUAAGAAGAAAAUAAAUUAUAUAAAAAUUUAGAUCCAGAAAAUUAAACAACUUUAAAUUUGAGAAAAAAGUGGGUCAAGUAAAUAUAUUACCAACAUCGAAAUUCAUCGAUAAAGUAACAAACGGAUUACAAAAAAAAAAAAAAGAAAAACUGGGAACAAUAGUUUAUGUCAGGUAGAUUCAUUUACAAAGGAUGCAGGACGAAAAGAAGGAAGCAUAAAGUAACAAACUGAUUACAAAAAAAAAAAAAAGAAAAACUGGGAACAAUAGUUUAUGUCAGGUAGAUUCAUUUACAAAGGAUGCAGGACGAAAAGAAGGAAGCAAUAUAAUUUUUUAACAAAUAUAGAAGACACUGAAGCCAAUAAGGAUGAUUAAAUUUUACUUAGAAACUUUGAAAAUCAAGGAAAUGUCAAAAAAUCAAAAGCAGUAAAUACCAAAUAUUGUUUCAGAAGAACUAUAGAGGAUUAUAUUGCUGAUAAAGGUAAAAAGUCUGACACGGAAUACCUCGCUCAUUUUUUAUAGAAAACUCUUUUUAUUCAUUCAAUUAGAUCUCACAUUCUAUUUUCUUUUAAACUUUUUAUCGAUAUUAGAUAAUUUGAUUUUAUAAAUUAGCACUCUGAUCAAAUCGCUCUUGUCUUUAUUUAUAUUAUCUUCUUUUCUUGUUUUUGUAUUUGACCCUUUCUCUACUACAAACCAAAGAAAUAUAGUUACAAAAACAUUCAAAUUUCCGUAUGCAAAAUCCUAACAAAUAAAUUGUACUUUUGCAAGGGUCGAAUGACGAAGAGGAUCCAUAUAUUUCAGUGGUAACAUUAUAGGUUUUCGCCCACUACGUGCGAAGUGCAACCUCGCUCCCGGGACGAGGUUGAGUGAGGUGAUCACUGAUUUUCGUAAAUAGUUAAACUUAUAUGACGCUUCACUGUAUCAUCCCUGGAUCGGCAACACAGCUGCUCUCUAAAGCAGACAUACUAGCUUCAACACUCCCAUUUAUUACUUUUUUUAGCUGAAAAUACAUAAGUUAUGGCUGAUAUUAAAUUCUCUACUUUUUCGCUUCUUCAGGUUUUCUUGGCUCUUCCAAAUAUCAUCGUUACAGUUCGUCACCAGGUUCUUAAAAGACCUCAAGACGCUUUGGCCGUGUGGGUAGAAGACUUGCGCAAGGACAGCUUUAAACUUUGUGCCAGAGAAACUAAGAUUUUUGAUGGAAUUCAUAAAAACAUUAAAGUGGUGAGUAAUAUUGCAGUUACUUGAUUUCUUCAACUACUUCUUGUUUUGUUAUCAGUGGUGUCUUUAAACGCGAUAGAACAAAUUUUAUUUUCUGUGAUCUUCGCAAUUUUAGAAACAACAAGUUAGAUACAGAUUAAAAAGAGCUGCACCACAUUUAAUUUAACCAUAUGAAAUUUGGGGUUUUAUAUGUCACAAGUCGUGAUUACAUUCCACAUACCUAUAUUUCCUUGCACUGCUACUCCUUUUGUUAUGAAAGCCAAUGUCUUAAUUCCUAACCGAGUACUAAUUUUGUUUUAAGUAUCAUUUAAGAGCACACCGUGUCAGGACGCACGUGGCAUUCACAGCAUCAUUGGAUAACUUCAUAUCUUUACCUCUUUCCUGCAGGAUUGGAUGGCUUUUGUCAAAUUGAAGACUGACAACUUCUCCUUGACUAACAGUCUCGUGUUUACAAACAACAACUCACCAUCAAACAAAAAAGACAACAACGCUGUCUGUCAGGUAUAUCGUCAUGUUUAACGGUGUUUAACUUUGACCACUCUUGUUUUCCUCUUUCCUCUGCUUGUUUUUGUCAUUCAGGUUAUGGAUUAACUGAUAUCAGGGGCACCCACCUAUGUUUUUGUCCUAAAUACAUUGAAACCCUUUUUAGCCUCUACAGAGCACUUUUAGAUCUCUAGAAAUGCAUGCUAAGUGGCCCUACAAAAUUUGUAACUGUUCGUGCAUCCUAGGGGAACUUCAUGAGUCUUUUCGAAAUUGCAAGGGCUACAGUGUUAUUAUCCAGAAAAUUUUAGAUGCAAUUUAUGGUAUUGCGAAAGUGAAAAUUUAUCUGAUUCCUCUCUUCAUCAAAUUUUUUUAAUCUGAAAAUUUUAGGCUUCCUUUUCGUAGGGCAUUUAUUAGAUAAGCUUCGGAAAUUGUACAUGAAUAUAACGGUUAUUAGGAAAUUUUUAGCCGUCCUCAAGUUAUAAAAAAUCCUAGGCCAAAUCUGCGUCUCCGAACAGAUAUUUCACAGAAAGCAGUCGUUGUGUGCCCCUGUAAUAUCUUUGCAUGAAUAAUUGUAUCCUUUCAAAAGAAAGUCUCAUUUUCCACUUGUAUUUAGUUGGUAGGAGGACUGAAUCAGAAAAUGAAUGGUAACAUUUUAUAGUCUUUCUUGGAAAGGAGCUAUCUAUUUCAAAUGAUAUUUAAUAUCAUUUGUUUUGUCCUGUUUUCAGAAAGUCAACUUCCAGGAUGUCUUUUAUGCUCCUCCCGUUGUAUUGGUGUCUCCAAGACUUGGUUACAAUAACAACAAAUCACGUUUCUCAGGAUCCGAACCAUGCAAUGCAGUUACUGCCUGGGUUGAGGUUAGAAACAUAAAGUCUCCUUACUCUUGCUGUGGUUCUAAUGAAGAGAACUUUUUUAAAAGUCAAUAAAUUAUUCCUGAUUGAUCGUUGAUUGAUCGUUAUUCCUGAUUGAUCGUUGUCCUUUCACUCACGUUAAAAGCCUAGAUUUUUCCACCAACGUAUAGUCUACAGGGGUUGAUAUUACUAAUUUUAGUUUCUAAUUUUCAUAUAAAUAUGGCAAAUAUCGUUCAAUACAAAAAAUUUUCUGCAGACUUGUCAGAUGAAAACUGACCUUUUAACAGUUUUGUACUCGUUUGGUUCUUUAAAAUGGAGGACUUAGACAUUUUAGUAUCAUAGGUUCUUAACAAUUGCUAUAUGCGAAUUGUUACUCUACUUGCACUAACCCUAAUAUUUACCUUCGAUAAAUCGACAUCAAUAAAUCGACAAGUCAGUUGAAUUUGAAAACGUUAUUGUAUUACUUUUAGGUUUUACUAAAAUACAAUGAUAACCUUUACUCUAGUGCAACAAAAUGCUAUAUUAUGUGGACUGUGAACUUAAAGUAUUUCUUUCGCUGCUUAGCAAACAUCUACAAACGAAACAGAAGUGUGUGUGAGAAGCUACAACAAUGACGCCAACGAUAAGGAUAUCAUAAAGGUCGAUUAUCUGGUAAUUGGAGGUACGUAAUAAAUUAUGUAAAGUAAAAUGAGGGAACAGUAACGACUUUCAUCUGUAGACAAUCAAGGUGCUCUCCUAACAAUUAUACAUAAUAGUGAUUAACUGUACAAUACAAAAAUGUAUAUGUUUCGAUCAAUUUCCAUUGUUUCAAAUCAUUCAGAUUAUACAUUACAAGGCCUCAAAACCAAAGAAAGUGAGAUUGAUAGCUAAGUUAAAAUCAGGCGCGUAGCUGAGGUUUGAGAAGGGGUGUUGGUACUGAUACUAAUAUUUCUUAACAGCGGGAAAUACUGCGGGCGCGAGCCCCUAGGGGUUUCUUCAGGCAAUUGCUGCCCCAGAAUAUUUCGAAAUCUCGAAUACUGGAAAUGCUAUUUUCAGGAUUCAGUAGUCUCCACAUGAAUAUUUUAAACGUGAUCAAGUCUAAGAUAACAGGUACUUUUCGUCAUGACAACAAUAUUUCGUUUGACUUGGAGCAUUCACACAUAGUGAUACAUACCGCUAUGUACACGAAACGUUUUACAAAAUUCGACGUGUGCUGCAAGGUAUCUCGGAGCAAAAGCUUAAGCCCCCCAGUUCCCCAGCUCCGCUCUGUUUGUACUUGAUAUACAAGAUAGCCAGUGAGGAAAGCCUAGCCGCACCCAUGGCACAUCUCCUAACCUUCUCUUUGUGCUGAUUGAACGCUCGCACCCGCACGAUGUCACGGGAAGAGUAGCCGCAAUCUUGAAAAGAAUGUACGGGUUAGAAAAAUCAUCAGGAUCACAUGCUUUCAAGGACGCAGCGCAUGAAUGAGCCGUAAUUAUCCUAGCUUGCACCUUCCUCUUCCAACGCUCAAAUCAAAUUACUAAGUCAGUUAGCUGCUGAGCAGUGAUUUGGCUUUCCUGAAUUACAGAUGGAACUAACCCGAGCAGCUUACUGACCCUUACUGGCUAUCAUGCAUAUCAAGUACGAUAUGCUUAUAGAUCUGGACGAAGUUAUCGAUUUAUUUUGAGGCCCAGUAUAUCCUAGUGACCUAGUAUUAUAUGUGGUGAAAAUAAUCCCGCCAUUGAGGUUAUUUCCUUAACAGGCGUUCCGUAUUUGACAAAUGGAGUCUCGAAAGACGAAAGGCUGGGAAUACGAUUUUAGGGGGACCUAGGUGAUGCGUGUUUAAUACAAAUUGACGUUUGACGCUGCUUUCAGUACAAAGACAGCGGAGCCGGGGAACGGGGGCGCUUAAGCUUUUGCUCCGAGAUACCUUGCAGCACACGUCGAGUUUUUUUAAAACAUUUUGUGUACUUAGCCGGUAUGUAUCACUAUGUAUGGAAAACAAACUUUGAGUGUUUUUAGUCCUCCAUCAUUGACCUGCAAAGGGGGUUCAAACCCCUCGAACCCCCCUCCUACGCGCCUGAAAAUUCAGCAAUAUACGACAUAUAUGGAAGAGCUCAUGUGCUUUAGGCUGUGGUCACAUUAUACCGCGGGGUAUCUUUUCAUGGCGCCACGAGAAGCUAUCCUGUAUAUUGUGUGAACACCUACAUGUAUCCAACAUGUGACUCAGGUCCACUUUAGAGAUCGGCGCGGCACAGCCAGACGCUCCGUCUCAGAAAUCACGCCGCCACAACCGUUUUUGCGUGUGAACAGAAGUCCUAACCGACAUGGUUUUCUUGGCGGCGCAAAAGCUAUCCGGUAUGGUGUGAACAUAGCCUUAACUUUUAUCCACUUCCCUGAUAACUGAAAAUUCCAGGCUGUUUCAUCUAUUGACGAAUUCGAAAUGAAUGAAUCUGAAAUGAUGCCAUCCAAUUCCAGCACUUGUAUGUUUGUCUUUUAGAUUUGGAUCCUUGUAUAGAUGUAACAUGUCAUUAUCACAGUCUGUGUAAGGCUUUUGGACAUAAUGAUGCACGCUGUGUGUGUUUGGACAGCUGUCCAACUUACAAAGAACCUGUAUGUUCAUCCAAUGGCACAACAUACGACAACAAAUGUCUGUUUGAACAGGAAGUUUGUCUCAAUCGACUAAACUUUACCGUACAACAUCCUGGCAGCUGUGAAGGUCAGCAGUUUUGUUCCCCUUUUGUGGUGGUCAACAUGCACCUUUUCACUGAAUCCUGUUAACCUUGAUUGCUGGACUGAUAGUAAAAUUUUUUUUUUCUUCAUUUCCGUUUACUUUCCCAUUCUUUUUGGGUAAAAGUUGUUGAGUCAACAAGGGAUUUAAGUUUGUUACUUUAAGCCUAUAACUUAUCUUUGCAACGCCUUUGUAGGAUUUCCUCUUCAGCGUGGUCGCCAUCACAUGGCCCAUAUUCCAUCUUUGGGUUAUUCUCACUGUCAAGUGAUUCGUUUCGAGCCUUUUGUGUUUUAUCCUGACAAAUCCAUUGAAGUGCAGAUAACUGUGAAUCAUAUGGAUACCACUGACAAAUCGUAUGUUCAUGACGCGGCGGUAUCGUGGAUUGAAAAUGUGAAUAACGGCGGAUUUACUGCCUGUGUAAUGGCAGCCGGAUAUAACGAACGAAGGUCGUAUGCUAACGUGACAGUUGAUUGGAUGGCGUAUCAAGGUGCUCCAGUGGGGGGCGUGACUGGUGAACUGCGCAUGUUUCAGUGGUGGACAGGAACGACUUGUGCAACUGUCAAAUUUCCCACUGUAAGUUGCCCUGAUCUAUUUCUGAAUUCUCUCUUUUUCAAAGCUUUUAUCAUUAUAAACAUCAUUCAGUUGAAUUUUUAAAAGUGAAACGUUUAAUUAAUUAGCAAUUAAUGAAUGAGGCUGAGAAAGAUAUGAAGAAUUAAGCAGGUCGAGGAGGGCGUUAUCCACCGAGCCCGAAAGCCGAGGUGGAUAACACCCUCCGAGAUCUGGUUAAUUCUUCAUAUCCUACGAAGCCGAAUUUAUCAAUUGCUUUAUUAUUUAUUCAAAAUAAUUCCUAGUUUAACUAAAAUAUGUUUACCAGCAUCGAUGUUAAGUUCAUCUUCGAUAGUGUACGUUUAGGUUUGUCCAGCUCCGCAAAUAUUCUCCAAAUAGCAGGUGUCGCAGUCCGAGUUGUCUUCUUGCUGUUUUUGCCAUGUUUUUAGCUAUUAUUUCGCGUAGUUAAAGUUGUGGCUUUGAAUCUUGAACCGGGUGAAAUGUCCGCCAUUUUAUUUUUUCACAACCAAAACAACUCAACUUCGUCCCCAGGUCUUCUCGGUAACGGUGCCUUAACCUGUAGCGGGCUGCAUUUUCGACGUCAUUUCCUCGUUAAACACAAAAUUCUUCCACAUUUGGUCAUCAGUAACUGGUUAUGGUGAAUUAUGCGUGCCCUUUUAACCAAUCAGAAUCGGGGAAAUAUUUUGAAUGAAUAAUAAUAGAUCUUUUCACAUCAUAUACAAGCUUUUGUCUUAUCGUCAAAUUACAGGUCAGGGUGCUUUAUAUUUGUGAUUUAGAAACCUAAACAAUAAAAUAAUAAAUGAAAUGAAAUAAAAUAUACAGUGAUCAUUCUUUCACUAAUUAACCACAUUUAGUUAUGUAAAUUCGAAGAAGUGAAUCAUAACGUUCAAACUGUCACUUUUAAUAACUUUCCUGAAUCUAUGAAGAUCACCAUUCUCUCUUCGAAUUGAUAAUAAAGUAGAUAACUAACUAAAUAAAUAGCAACAGAUGAUAACAACUUCAAAUUUGGAGUAUGCCAAGAAUUUUAUCAGAGUCACAAAUUUUCUGUGUUAUUUGCAGGGGAAAUUUUCAGUCAAACCUUCAGUCUUUGUGACGUCAAAGCAUAUGUUAGGUCCUGAUUUUGCACUGCGACGAUCACAUACCUAACUUCUACAUUGCUUUAGUAGUACAUUUCAAACAUACUCUCUUGACGUCUUAAUACGACGAUCACACCGAGAUAUUUUUGUUGUAAGUAUGGUGUAUGUUAUUUCAAAUGUCAAACAUGGAUCAUGCAUUGGGCUGCCACGGGCUUAAGCUACAGGUAAUUCUACAGAUACCUUGAAAAGAAGAGCCCAUCGUUGUUAUCAUUUUAGAAUAAGUUAUUAAAAUGCGCAAAUUACUUUUCAGCAUUCUCCACCAUCGCACUAGCCCCCCCGCAGACAUUCUUAGGCGUGCGUCACGCGUUCCUUCCUCACGAACGUUCGUGAGGAAGGAACGCGUGACGCACACCUAAGAAUGUCUGCGGGGGAGGCUACCAUCACACCUUAUGGCCAUUGUUUUUGUUUAUUAUAUCACCUAUGCAUGCCGGUCGAUUAACCAGAAAUAACGCGUUGUUGAUUUUAUUUUCAGAAUUGGCUCGCCUUUUCGGAUCUUCCCAGCCCUCCCUUUUCAGAACACAACUCGAUCUACUUUGCAAAUGAUAAAAAUCCCGACAGCAGACAUUAUAAUGCAUUUUGCAAGGUCAGUAUCAGCGUUUGCGUUUGAAUCCAAAUCUCAGUUAAAAAAUCUUUUUCAUGGUAGUUAUCCAAGUUUAAUUACAGACCUUUAAUGUCAAGGUGUUAAACCUGUAACAGUCUUAGCAAUAUACAUCAUACUGACGAUACCAUAGGUCACACAUUCGCUACUUCUAUACCUCAGUCACCCCUACGAUGCGUUCAUUUGUCGGUAUAAACAGUUUUGAGAAUUAAAUGUAAGUAUUCCGUGAAAGGAGACUGAUAGAGCAAAAGCAUAAAACCCACUUUGAAUGGCAAUGUCAAGUUGUCAAAGGUUUAAAGCUUAGUUGCAGCCUCUUUUACAAAAGGCUUCUUGUGUCGAGUUGAGUGAACUAUCCUCCAAAUAAUGUUGGCUUCAAAAUCUCUUUCGUCUUACUGUACUUUUUUCACAGAUUUGAGCUUCGCAGUUUGGAAUUGUAAUAUAUAUAGCGUCAGCUCGGUUUAUUCUGAACGAUGCUAACGUUGAUAUGAUUGGUAUGCUUUUCCCAAGAAUUUAAAUGCAAAGCUAGUUUAGAAACAGUCAUUCACGAUUAUCUUAAAAUCGCCAGGAAAAGAAACAACCCCCUUUUUUCCAAGGUGGAGCAAAGACUAAUCAAUUAAAAACCCGAUAUUCUCAAAUGUUACUCUAUUUCCUUCUUACCCCUAUAUAGUUGAGGACACUUUAAAACAGUAUUUAUGAACAGUUUAGCAAGGUCCAGCAAUCCAGACUCUUACCAAAGGAUUCUGUCAAUACAAAUAAGCUUUUUGAUUUUCAAGAAGGCGAUAUCCUGGUUAUACUGCCCCUUCAACAGAGUUAAAAUAUUUCUUUAUCUUUCAUAGGAGGCGAUCUUUGCCGAAACUUAUAACACAACGCCACACGUCUUCGUUUCUGCUUCUCAUUCAACAAAAGGAGGGAAUCAAAGUCCAGUUCAUAACAGCAUAGCUGCCUGGGUGGAGGUUGGUAACUAGUGAUGUUAGGAUAUCAAAUUUCAUGUUAAAUUAAGAGUACUAUUGUAGGACCCAAUUAACUCCUUUUUCGCGGACGAAUCUCAUUUUGUGCGGAAAAAUACACUUGAACGCCGAUGAAUUCAUCUCCUUUUGCUUUAUCCCAUGAAUAAAAUUCGGUGGAAUUUUAUUGAGAUAUGGCCUUGCAGGUACUAUUUUUUAAUAGGUGGUUUAAUCCUUUUGACAGGUUUUCUAAAUAUUUUUAGGGCGAUGAAUGCCUUGCCUUUUGAUUGGCUGAUUAAAAAAUAAUCAUUGGUUGAUUCAUGUUGUCAAAGGAAUAACUCCCCUGUGAACCACUAAGUCGUAAAGCCGUUAUGCAAGUUCUUUUUCCUGCCGAUUUCAUUGUCAAACAAUUUGUCCAGUUCGGGUUCACUGACUUUUGUUGCGUAAAUUCUGCUUAAUCAGUUCGAAGGCAAGCUGGCUCUUCCUAGCACCUAGUAACCAAUAUCUUUACCUCAGGCCACUUCUUCUCUUCCAAAAUUCAGUUAUUUUGCUUCGUUCGACCACUGAUUUAUUUUCCCUCCACCACCACUAAAAACAGAACCUUAUUUCUAUUGUUUUCCUCUACCACCACCACUACAACAUCUCUAUUGUUUUCCCACCACUACCACCACCACACCAGUUCUAUUGCUUUGCCACCACUAUCAACACCACCAAAUUUCUAUCGUUUUCUCUACACCACAACCACCACCAAAUGUGGCAGUGGUGGUGAUUGAGGGGAAAACAUGCAUGACUGCCAUUACUUAUGAAGCGCCUUUUCUUUCAAUUCAGUAUUAAAAGUAUUAUUCUCUCUUGCAAUCACUUAUUUCAAUAACAGUGAAAUGAUUUCAAUUGAUUUUUUUUUCGUUUCGUGCACUGUAUGUUUUCUGAACUACCGUCCUUCACAAAGUCAGAUGAAUUCCUCACCCCUUUAAGAGCUGUAUUUAGGCCAGUUUCAAACAUCGAACUUCACGCCGAUGUUCCAAAUGUAAUGCCAAUGGAGGAAAUCUGUUGUUGCCGCUCUUCUUAACUAAAUUCAGCACAUGUGAAUUUAAAAGCUUCAGUAAAACGGGCCUAAUGCACAUUUUGUACUAAUGCGUAGUGUAUUAAUACUUACAGUUCAUUAGCAGGAAAGGCUUUCGCGUUUGUGUCAAAGAACUGUAUGAGGCAAAAUACGAUCCACUCUUCAUAUCCUACACAGUUUUAUCAGGUAAGAGCUUUAAUGCAAAAAAGAGAAGAUUGUUACAGCAGUGCACACUUUAAAUGUCCCUAGUUUUGACUCAAUGUUGCGUUUAGAUAUCUGUCCAUAUGGAUGGGAUUACUUCAGUGGAUACUGCUAUUUAACAAGCUCUGUAUACGCCCCUUGGGUGACUGCUGUGUCCAACUGUUCCGCCAUGAGCUCACAUCUGGUAACAGUGCACAACCAAGAGGAAAAUGUGUACAUACAGCACCGUCAUAAUGGCGAGCGAUCAUGGAUUGGCCUAAAUGACCGAAGCGUCGAGGGAUCGUUUGAGUGGACAAACAAGGAAAUAAGUAGCUUUCAUUUCUGGGCUCCGCAACAACCAAACAACUUGAAAAACGAAGACUGUGUCCACACCCUUGGUGCAGAAGAUGGCUACACUUGGAACGAUGUGUCAUGUGAUAAAUGCUAUAAUUAUACUUGCGCUAAAGGUAACUUUUUGACUUGUGGCAGGGACAUAAUAAUAUUAUAAACAGAGGGGAACGGAAGUUUUUGUGAUAGGUAGGGCCUAGAGAUAUAGUAUACAGUGGCAAUAUGGGACUGCGAACGCCCUUUCUAUAGGGGGUUUCGGGCGCAUGCUCCCGCGGAAAAAUUUUUGAGAUUGAAGUUCUCUGAGAUGCAAUCUAGUCCAUUCUGGACGCUUAAAUUUAGCAAAUGCCUCGAUUCCAUAUUGAAUAUGUAAUGCUGAAAUAUUUAAUAAACCAUAAAAAGGGUGGGGAAGAGGGGGGGGGGGGGGGGGGGCUUGUUCCACCCCUAAAUCUGCCCGUCAUAAAUACAAACCAGUGUCUCGAUCACCAUCUGAAAUAUCGAGAUUUGUAAAUAACUUCUGCUGUGUUGAGUGUUUAUGAUUAUUUUGUCGCCGUGUUGGUGAUCAGAAUUUUUAUAAAGGCUGUAAUUUUAAGUAGCCCUCUUAACUUGCAGGCAGUGGUUUAUAAGUAAACAUAACUCCUGUAUUUAACUCUACUGUAUCAUUUGUUGCAUAAAAAUUUUCUCAUCUGUAUGCUAAGCACUGAAUGCUACCAAGUAAGAUCAUCUUCGUUGCCUUUUGUUAUCUACUUCAGAAAUCGACGAGUGUACCAGCAGUCAUCACAGGUGUGAUGCAAGCGCUGCUUGUCAAAAUACCGUAGGCUCAUACAUUUGCACUUGCAAAGCUGGAUUCUAUGGAAAUGGAAAAAAGUGCUUUGGUAACUAUCACAACUCUUUUUCAUUUUUUCUCGACCUUUGCAUUCCGGUUGCCUGUUGGGUUAACAUAUUUAACCUUUAACCUUUUUUUUCCCAAUAUGUAAAAUUAAUUAGGCACAUAAAAUAUCUGUUAAUGGCACAUUUAGUGUCCUGUCGGCUCCUUCUGGGCUCAGUUUUGACAUUUAUUGUAUGCAUAUUUUUUGUUCAACUUGUCCAUCAGUUGCUUAAACUUACCGUACAUUGCCAUACGUCGAAACAAAGUAAUAAAAAAUCACCAACAUAAUUUACUUAGUCUGGAUUUACUGACUAUUCAGAUUAUUAUUUGUUGUCCCCGUCAUUAGAUAUAGAUGAAUGCAGAAACAAAACUCGCACCUGUGAUGUGAANCCCCCCCCCCCCCCCAGAAAAGGAUAGAAGUGUUCUCGAUACAUAUAUCCAGGUUACCUUGUUCACGAGGUUUUCCGUCGGCACGUUUUCAAAGUGUACUCGUAAUUGAAAAAAUACAAUGCGAAAAUAAUUAAUUAUCAUUACUUGUAAGUACUCUAUCAAUUUUUCUAGUCGAUGGCCCUUUAAAUGAGUGCCGACCACAGUUUGUAAUUCCCAAGAUAUUGUUGCGCAUGUUUUCACAUAAGGUAAAAACUGCUUCAAACCUGCAGGCUAUUCAUUUCAUAUGAAUAAUUAUUUAACAGGAACAUCUACGCCAUUUAGAAAAUUCUUCAUUAAUAAAGUACAUGAGUAAAAUGAAUUGAAUACUUAAAAAAAUGGAAAAUUAAUUGAUAUUGUCUACAAUUUAUGUUGUUUAGUACGAAAAGCUGGUCCAAUUUACGAAUAUUUUACCUAAAUAUAGACAGUUAAGCCAAAUUUGGUAGGUACUUAGCACCAUUAUUCUGGACCUGAAUUUCUUACAUACCUCUAGUUUGUUAUACUAGUACAGUGUCAUGCUUGCAAUACAGUGUAUAAAAAAACAAGUAUUAUUGUUGACUUAAUAAACUGUAAAGUGGCCAUAUCCUGCCAAAUGUGGAAUUAUAUGCAGUGUUAAUGUUACAUCUUCCAGCUUAUAAGAACUGUGCUGAACUGUACAAAGCUGGAAAACGAACAAGUGGAGUUUACAAGAUCGACCCAGACGGUGCUGGUGCCUUUGACGUGUACUGUGACCAAACAACAGCCGGUGGGGGGUGGACAGUGUUCCAAAAGAGACUGGAUGGCUCGGUUAAUUUCUACCGCGGCUGGAACGACUACAAAAAAGGGUUCGGAAAUCUGAAUGGCGAGUUUUGGCUCGGACUGGACAAAAUUCACCGCCUGACAAAAACUAAAAACAAACUUCGAGUGGAUCUGGAGGAUUUCAACAGAAACACGGCUUAUGCCGAGUACAGCUACUUUGCUAUAACAGACGAGAGAAGCAAAUACAAGCUGAGUCUUGGAACUUACUCCGGUAAUUGUGUUACUUACUUAAUUAAACAUGAACUGCGAGCAGUCUCUCUUUUUCUUCCGGUUUGGUAAGGGGAGUGCAGGCGCGCGCGAGCGGCGAAGCCGCGAGACGCGCGAAACGAGGGUGGCAGCCGCGCCAGCAGUCACGCGCGUGGCCAUUUGAGUGUCUCGCGUUUUGUUCGACGGACUACAGAAAUAAGAGAGACUGCUCGUAGUCUAAAUUAAUAAUGGAGUUCGGGGGAAGAACUUUUAAGGCCCAAGUUAUAUUAAUGCCAAUGAUUUUGACGUUUAAGAAAUAAAGACUCACCACAGAGAUACAGCUAGUUACAGAUACAGUGAAGUAUGUAAUAAUCACACAGCCAUCAUAAAAUAAGAGUGAAGCAAAGUAAUAUCAUAUGGAGCGAUAGAGUGAUUUUACUUCGACCAUGAAACGGAUUCAAUGUUUAUGUUUCCUGCUGUCUUUAGAUCUUAACCAUUGUAUUGAAAAUCACAGUUAUGUGGAGAAAAAUUUAAGGAAUAUCUUUUCUUCCAAUUUCAUUUUCCAGGAAAUGCUGGUGACUCGAUAAGUUAUCACAACAGCUCCCCUUUCUCCACUAAAGAUCGAGACAAUGACAUCUGGUCUCGUAACUGUGCUGCAUAUUACAAGGGGGCUUGGUGGUACCGGGAAUGUCAUUAUUCCAACCUGAACGGCCUCUAUCAUCGCGGUAGCCACUCUUCACAUGCUGAUGGUGUGAACUGGUAUCACUGGAAGAGAAGUUACUAUUCCGCUAAACGAGCUGAAAUGAAACUCAAACCAGUCAACUUCUAA